GCUAAUUGUACUCCUAAGCGAUUUUUGUCACUCACCCUAAGCCCAAAGAAAAAGCCUUCACAGGCACAAUUCCACAUACCACUAAAGCAUCUCCUCAUUUCGACUGUGAGCGCUUUUCUCCGUCUUCGGCCUCUAUCGUCGACGUUAAUUGUUGAUUCGUUGAUUCCACCAUCUCUGGCCUGACACCGAUUCCAUCGUAUAUUUUCAGUUGUUUCUCUAUUUCGACGAUGACUACGAGUGUAGGAGACGAGUAGUGCAGUGCCGUCCUCCACUCCUCCGCCAUCGUCCAUUUCCAGCAGCUUUAUCAUAAAAUUAUAAAAUUUGGGACUUGCACCCGAGAUACCAAAUGUUGGUUCCUCGCCAAAUGCUGACUAGAGCCCUACAUAUCCGCCACAUCAGACAAUCCUCCACAUCAGCAGCAGCUUUAAUUAAAGAUUAUGAUGAAACCCCACUGACAUAUCUUGAAGGCUUUCCUAAACCAGACCCUAAACACGCUGAGACCAUUCACGCGUUGCCACGUGGACUCUCUGGGAAAAACAUAUCAGCCAAAGAACGCAAAGCUGGACGUGUCCCGAGUAUUGUGUUUGAGCAAGAAGAUGGACAACAUGGAGGCAACAAAAGGCUGAUUUCUGUUCAGAAUAAUCAAAUCAAGAAACUUGUAAAUCAUCUUGGAACUUCUUAUUUUCUUUCACGCCUCUUUGAUCUUGAGGUGAGAGCUGAUGUUGGAAGUGAUGAUGUUAUUGAGAAAGUUCGUGUCUUGCCUCGAUUGCUUCAUCUUCAUGCUGCUACAGAUGCUGUGCUGAAUGUGACAUUUGUAAGAGCACCAUCUCAUGCUUUAUUGAAGGUUGAUGUUCCACUUGUGUUUAUUGGAGAUGAUGUUUCCCCUGGGUUGAAAAAAGGGUCUUAUCUAAACAUCAUUAAAAGAACAGCAAAGUUCAUAUGUCCAGCGGAUAUUAUCCCUCCAUUUAUCGAAGUGGAUUUAAGCGAAUUAGACGCGGGUCAGAAAUUGGGCUUCUUUGGAACAGAAGAAGUCCAAAUAAUCACUACCAUUUAUUUUCUCAAGGAAAGACAGUAUGGAUUUUGGUUCUAGUUUUCCUUCAACCCGAAUAAAAGUUAAAAUGGUGUUUUGUUGGCUUGUUUUUUAGUGUAUGGAAUUUUGUCACCCGAUUUAAGUAGUGUUUUCAGGGAUAGGUAUUUUGUUGCAUUAAACUUUUAAUAUAAAGUUAAGAUAACUAGUCAAAGAUUUCAAGAUUAUUUAGACUAUAUUUACAUGGGACGUGACUAGAUUUGACUUGAUAAGCUUUUUAUGACAAUGAUAAUAUAUAUUAGUGAUGUUAAAAAAUCCGAAACUAAAUAAUCGACCAUAACCAAAUGAGCUUUGGGUUAUUUGGUUUGGUUGACAAAAUAAAGAUAG